AUGCAUCUGCUGAUUGUCAAUCCGAAUAGCACCCAAUCCAUGACCGACGCCGCGGUGGCUCAAAUAGAAAGCUACUUGAACAAAGUCUAUCCCGCCGUUCAUCGCGAUAUAGAGAUAGCGCAAUUCACAGGACCGCCCGAUGCCCCUCCAGAAAUCGAUGGCGAGGAAACCAGUAGAGACUCGACCCGCAAGUGUCUCCCUCUGCUAUGCAAGCGUACUACUGACACGGACGGCAAAGACCGGCAAUAUUUCGACACUUUUGACGGAGUUCUUGUAGCUUGCUUUUCAGACCACCCACUGGUCCAUGAGCUACAGGCUAAAACCGAACGAGCUACUCCCGUUACGGGCAUCUUCCACGCAGCUAUGACAACCUGUUUGUCGAGGCCCGGCAUACCCUUUUCUAUCAUCACGUCCAACGACGAGUGGGUCGACUUACUCGAUGCCGCCGCAGAACGUUUGUUGGGAGCCACUAGACCAUUUUCUUUGUCCAAAUCUCCUUUCAGAGGCACCGUUGCCUCUUCGGUCCCAGUGCUGGACCUACACAACCCGGAAAAUCUCGACGCAAUCGCCAAGCGUAUUUACCAAGAAAACAUUGACCGACUACAUACAUCUACCAUCAUCCUUGGAUGCGCCGGUUUCUCUGGAAUGGAACAGCUCUUGGAACAGCACAUACGCAAGAUCGCAUUACAAGAAAAUCCUAACGCUAUUCCUCCUCAUGUGACCCUAGUUGAUAGCGUGCUUUGCGGUGUGGAAACCCUAACCUCGAUGUGCAGGUUGCAAUUUAUCAAGGGUGAUGAUUGCUAA